UUUUGAGAAUUUGUUGUGUGUUCGAAUGCUUUUGAACGACGGGCAUGCAAGCUUGACGGCGCGGCACGCAACCACGAUAACCAGGACGCUAACCUUUUGAUCCAGCCACGUCAGCGAGGCGAAGUCUUCAUCAAGCCAAAUGUACGCAACGUCUAGUGGUGAAGAAAACUACUGCUCUGACGGCGUCCCCACGCACCCCAAGCACCACGUGACAAUUUGACAAGGUCCCGGUAGUUUGAAGUCGGCGAGCGUACAUCCCCUCUUCACGCUGGAACAUUUGACAGAUCACGCUCAGCGAAUGAUUUAAGCUGAAAUGGACGCGUACCGCACUCGAGAAGGAUGGAAGCAAAAAACCGACGUGACCAUUUUGAAGGUGGUGGCACCGGAUCGCUUUCUCGUCAAGGAGGCGCCGAGCAACCUUUCCCAGUCGAGCAGGGACUUUGUCAUAAUGGAGAGGAAGCUGAAGCAGUUCAUGAGUCGACGCGACGCGGAGCCUGUCAAUCCGCCGCUGCCCGAAAUCGGAGCCAACAUUCUGGUGAAGAAGCCGAUGGACAGCGACUGGUACCGCGCUCGUGUCUGCCGCAUCUUGGACACGGUCAAGGGCUACGAAGUUGAGGUCACGCUGGUGGACUACGGGGAGACCUUCGUGGCGGACCGAAGACUGAUACGGAUUGUUCCGGACACGGUGUUCUCAGCUGUGCCGUUCCAGUGCAUCGAGUUCUUGCUUCCGGGCCUCGUGCCCCUGAAGCUCACGAUAGACGUGGAAACUGUCAUGGCGCACAAGCCCAGCAAAACCUGGGACACUGCUGCCGUGGAAUACGUCAAGUCACUGGUGAACGGGGCCGGAGCAGCCCACGUCCAGGUGUUUGGGAAGACCCGCUCGGGGGGCCUCUUUGGAAAGCUGCUCGUGCGGUGCGGGAACACGUUCACGUCGAUUGCGGACGACCUGGUGCUGCAGAAGUACGCCGUCUUGGACACGCUCACUCCUAACCUGGAGCUCUUAAUGGAACCAGAGGAGCACGAUAGCCCCGAGAAGAGCAGGGCAUCUGGCGCGGAUGAGGAGGGACUCUCCCCCAAUUCCGGGUCGCUGAGCACCAAGGUCUCGCCACAGGGUUGGGCACGCAGGGAACAGGAGCGCGCCCUGAGGUGCGACAUCAGGGAACUGUUGGACGACGCCCCCACUGUGUCCACGGGGGGCCUUCUGGAGAGUUUACAUGGUGAAAACUCUGCGAAUGCCGACGUGAAAUUGUCUCCUGCCAUGUCGCCCACUCCCGCGCCCUCUCUGUGUCACUCCCUCUCAAGCGAGACUUUAUUCUCCGACACGUCAACUGUGGUGCCGUCCGUCCAGGGCCUCGGCCGCGGCAUUGCCGCCCUCCUCAAGAACAGGCAGUCCGACGGGCUACCUUUUCUCGGUGCCGGACCUUCAGUUGCUCUGACUGCCUCACCACGUCUUCGGGCCGAUUGCGGCAAUGGCGGUGCCUCAUUGCUACAUUUCGAUAUCGGCAGCCAACACGGUUUUGACACCGGAAGCCGUCUUGGUCCCGACACUGGCAUCCAACACCGCCCCGACGUCGGGAGCCAACUUGGUUCCGACAGUGGCAGCCGACUUGAUCCCAAUAUCGGCAGCCCACCUAGUCCCGACGUUGGCAGUCCAAUUGGUCCGAACGCUGCCUCAUCCAGCUGUCCGGUCGCGCAGACGUUGUCGAGCCGUCCUCGGACUGAUUCGGGAUCCAGCAGCCAUUCCCUGCCUCCCCCGAAUCUCGGCACCCGAAUUUCUGCGCUGUUCAGUGCUGCCGACCGUGUUGCGUCGGAUUCCGACGCCAGCACGAAGAGUCAGUUGGGAGACGAUGCAACAAGCUUGGACGUCGGAGUUCGGGCCCGCAUGCGGACCUCCCCUUCGGCCGCCCUCUCCGAGAUACUUCGUCUUGGGCGGGGCGCCGGGACGAAGGGCGGCGAGCCGAAGUAUGUGCCGAGAAGUUCCAAGGCAGACCUCGAAGACGCAAAGGCAGUCGCUCCAGCACCUGAAGACGGCGCCGUGCUUGCGGAAAUGAGCAGCGUACUAGGCAAAGGCACGUCUGCUGUGUCCGUGACGCCGAAUCUCCCGCAAGCCGAACUCGGUACGGGGAAGGUGCUCAACCCCGGUAGGAGUUGCGCCUCUUCCGGAACGGCUGCACCAAUGGUCUUUUGUUUGGGGCGUGGCCUGAGGCUGCCCCUGCACCCCACGACUAGGAGUCCCGGACCUGUAUCGAAGAGUUCAUCGCCGUCACAGUUUGAAGACAUUCACGAAGAACCAGCGAAGACUCCUUCCAAAGAAGACGCAUCAUGGAACGCUCCGAUUGUGAGCCGUUUGUCACCCUCUCCGGUUUUGGCAGAAACGUCUACAGAAAGGGGAGCCAGAUUGAGUAAAUUGAAGGACCUGCUGGCUAGGCGCUCCACGCCGCUUGCUUCCGGCAGUGGAAGCGACUCUGCAUCGCCGCCAGCUGUGCCAGAAGGAACUGUCCGACCAGCUACGACCGUCCUCCAAAGUCCGAAGGGUCAACAAGCGAAAUGGGAAAAUCCGGCGCCGGAGGCCACAAGUUCCCAGCCAGCUCCCACAAGUUCCCAGCCGGCUCCCAGCGAUUCGUCGCCGUCUCGUGCCGAGAGGCUCAGGAACCUUCUGCAGUAUGCCAAGGCAUCCUCGGGGUCGGUGCACAGGGCCUGCGAGUCGACGAGGUCGAACUGCAGCGAGGAAGGCUCUGCGUCGUCCCCUCCUUCCCUGGAAAAACCACCUCAGCCUCCCGGUUCUGGGGAACCGCCCAGCAAUCGUGCCGAAGACAACCUUGCCCCGCUGGACUACAGUGACUUCAUGAAGCAGUACGUGUCCGACGAAGAAGACUUGGACCCGACGGAGGAAGAGAGCAAGUGGUCCCUGAAGUUCUCGGCUCGGGGAGACCACCACCAGGACUUGAUCGCACUCAACGCCCGGCGGGGGGCCGAGGACGUCAGGUGUCGGGACCUGCAGAGCUUCUCCGACGUACCGUCUGACCUGGAGCCUUACACGCAGUUUGAAGCGGAGAUCGACUUUAAAACCGUCUUUGAACCUUCCCACUGGAGUUCGCUCGUGGCCGGCCGCACGGUGCGGGCGCUGUGCCAUGGCAGUGCCCUGCCCCGCCUGGUCUCCAGCCUGGACCAGAUUCCGUUCCAAGACACGCUCAGGGCCCGGCUGUGCUCCCUGGGCUUUCGGGGCCCCUCGUGCAUCCAGUCCGUGGCCUGGCCCGCCGUGCUGAGCGGCCGCACGGUGGUGGCCGUCGGCUCCCCCCACUCGGGCAAGACCCUCUCCUACCUGCUGCCCCUCGUUUCGAGGCUCACGUCGGAGUCGGACUAUCGCCACCUGCCCGUCAGCAGCGGGCCUCUGGUGCUGGUGCUCUCGUCGACCUGGAAGGGGGCCCAGAGGAUCUACGAUCAGUUCAAGCUACUCACGCAAGACUCCAAGAUCCCAAAGUGCGGUGUCCUCUACGCGGGGGGCUCGGAAGCCGGCAAGGAGGUUCAGCUGGUUAACGGGGUGGACGUGCUCAUAGCGACUCCUCUCUGCCUGCUGCGAGUGAUGCACAAGUAUGACCACCUUGUGGUGAACCUGAAGCGCUGCUGCCACUUGGUGCUGGACGACGGAGAGCGGCUCAUUGAGGAGUUCACCGAAGAGGUGCGUCAGGUGCUGCAGGAGUACAGUGAGGCCCUGUGCAGGCGCGCCUCCCGCUGCCUGCUCAAUCAGGUGGUGGUGUGCACCAGCCGGUGGACGGAGGGGAUGGACUCGCUCCUGCGCCUGCUGCGGGCCCAGCACAGCCCCGUGGUGCUCUUCUCCUCCUUCGCCGAAGCGGCUGUCUACGCCAGGGUGCCCACCUUUGUGCGCUAUGUCGACCCCAAGGCGCGUGACGCUGCGCUGCUCGAGCUGCUGGAGGGCAGCCGUGGUCGCAAGGCAGUAGUCUGCACCUCGAGCCACGAGAGCGCACUCAAAGUGCACCGGCUGCUCCAGUCGGAAAGUAUCUUUGCUCUGCUUCUCCACGACAGGCUGCCCAUGGUCAGUGUUCGUGGCGUGGCGAACGAGUGGGCUGCCCCCCACAAGGACACGUGUGCACCUGUCCUGGUGGCUCAGGACAACAUCCUGUCCUGGGCCGGUAUUCGGGACGCUGCCGUCCUCGUCCACUACGACGUCCCCGAGCUGUCCAGGUUCAACUUUGGGUUUCGCUUCUCGUGCCUGGCAGAACGCAUGCGCAGCUUCGACGCCAAGGGAGACUCCGAUCCGAGGGACAGCCCGCUGGCCCACUUAAUCCUGACGCGGGACAACGCCCACUUGUCGGUCCAGCUGGCAGAGUUUCUGACCAGGGUCGGGGCCAAGGUUCCCCCCGCAUUCGAGCAGUUGGCCAACCAAGAACUCCAGAGGCGCGCUUGUAACCCCGAGCGUCCCUUGUGUGCGCACCUCAAGUCCUUCGGAAGGUGCCUGGCUCCGCCCACAACGAGCGGCACCGCGUGCCGCGACCGGCACGGCGUCGUCGCCGCCCUGGACCGUCCCCGGGGCUGGUGCCACCUACCCGCAAGCGGGGAAGUCCGCAUCUUCGUGACCAAGAUGGUGGACGCGACACAUUUUUACGCCUGGGUGCUGGAGCACUGGGACCCUGCGGCAGAUCCGACGGCGGGAAAAGGAGGCGCGGCGGUGGUCCACACGGAGUUCCAGGAGGCCAUGCUCGAGAUGAACGCCUACUUUGCGGUGCCGGGCGGCGACAGACACAUUGGACUCGGGGAGAACGAGAGUCCGGUGGUCGGCGGAGUCUACGCGGUGGAAGUGGAUGCGGACCAGUUUCACAGGGUGCAGGUAGUUUCUAUCGUGCCCGAGUUCGGCGGUGCGGGAUGUUCGCCGCUCCGUGCGGAGGUGUUCCACAUGGACCACGGCGGGAGCUCCAAGGUGGCCUUGCGCCGCCUGCUCUGUCUGCCGGAGCGCCUGGCCCGGCUGCCCCCCUUCGCGGUGGAGGUGUUCUGCUGCCGGGUGCAGCCCCAGGACAGGGACCUGGAGUGGACCUUCCAGGCGGAGUGCACCUCACACUCCCUGGUCACCGAGAAAGAGCUCGUCGGAAAGGUGGUGCUGUGCCUGGGCAACACACUGUGGCUCGACCCGCUGGUGAAGAGGACCUACCUGGACCAGAUCGGGGUGACGGUGAACGAGCACCACGUCCGGUCCUGCCUCAUCAACCAGGGCAUGGCGUGCGACAACCCGGACCACGUGACCCAGCUGCGAAAACUGGCGGCCGACGCAGGCCUCGACCUGCCGCCCAUCGCACCCGCAAGAAAACCAAGAGCUGGUGGCACUUACAACGACGGAGCUGGUGGUCCCCGUUACGCGUUCCUGGAACCGGACUGCUACACCAAAGUGUACCUCUGGAAGGUGGUCUCCCCAGAUCUCUUCUACGUGCAGAUUGCCAAGUUUGCUGAAUGCCUGGAAGAGUUGGAGGACACCAUUGAGAAGCACAUGUCGCAGGGAGGGCCGGAGUGGCUGGACCCCGCUCACGUUGGAGACCCCUGCAUCGCUCGUUUCGAGAACAAAAGGUGGUACCGGGCGCACGUGGAGAAGAUAGCAGAAGACGGGAACGUGGAGGUGUUCUUCCCAGACUACGGGGACACUGCAGUGUGCCGGCUGGAAGAGCUGUACGCUCUGCCGCCGCAGAUGCUCCUGCUUCCGCUGCAAGGCAUCCAGUGUCGGCUGGCCGGAGUUGCUCCGGCUUCGGACCAGUGGACCCUCGAGGCAUCUUCCGCCCUCGAGGAUUUCGGAUACAACGCGGAUAACUUAAACAAGAUACUCCUGCUCAGGGUGUUGCGAAAAGCCGAAGGACACAAGCCAGGCUCCUCUUGCUACGAGGUGCUCCUCUUCGACCAGUGCGGAGAGGACAACGUCAACAUCGCCAACGAACUCGUCAAGUGCGGCGUGGCACGCGCGUCGGAGCUUCCAGUGCCCGACCUGGACGCAGAGGCCCUGCAGCCCCCACCGUUGGAGGAGGUGCAGGGCUCUUCAACGUCGGCGAGCGAGUCCGACAACCAUUCGUGCGAAGAGAACAUGAAGGAGUACAUGGACCAGCUUUACGGACACAUCCGAAAAGAAUUGCUCCGCGAGAUGGAAAGCGAACUGUCCGCCGCCGAAAAAGAGGCAGCCACCGCUCUCGGGGAGAAACCUGCACCCACCACUCCAGCUAAUAAGGACACCCAACGGACCAGGGAUGAACCUGAAGCAUCGAAAACAAGCUCCGCUUCCAAGAUGCCACCGCUGGAGUCAGCGCUUCUGUUGCCUUCCAGGCAACGGCAGCCUGUCCUGUGGUGGUGGGAGGACAAACAUCAGGUCUACGUGGAAGUUCGCUUUGAGGGGACAAGGGACUGUGAGCUGCAGCUGAGCAGCACUUCGUUCUAUCUCAGGUUCCAGUGGAAAGGCCAGGAGUAUGCGACGUACGAGACGCUGCACGCCCCGAUCCUGCCCAAGGCCUCUAACCUGGAGCCGAAGGCCAAGGCUCUGCGGCUGACCCUGGUCAAGGCGGUCGCCUCCCAGACCUGGAACUACCUCACCGAUCGGCACUGCAGGGUUGGCUACAUCCGGUACAGCCUAGACCACAUUGUGGACAGUGACGAAGAAGUGGACAAGUACAAAAGCCCUUACCCACCAGGCUACGUCCGUGGCAGCAAAAUCCUGCCGUACGAUGAAGUGGCACACGAAGAGCGCCAGAUGGAGCUGGAAGCGUCCGAGGAGCACGUGCACGCCCCGCUCGACGACGUCUAUCACAGCAGGGACCCCAACAACCUGUUUGCCAGCCUCUGAGGACGCCGCACGAUCCAGUCAACGUGGCCAGGGCAGUCUGCCUGAGGCUUUGUGAUGAAUAAGCUUGUCUGUUUCGUUUUCGUGUUUGUUCUAUUUUGUGCGCAUCAUUGUAAAUAAAAUGUAUCGCAGUUUGAUAAAGCAA